AUGACUCCAAAAUCUUAUACAAUUUGUAUUACUCCUGUGAAUAUUUAUGCAAUACCAAGUGUUGAAACAGAUAAACCUAUUAAUCAAGUUUUUCCAUCGAUCGAAGAACGAAAAUUAAUUUGUUAUUGUGAUGGUAGUUAUUCUCAUUCUAUGCAAAUAGGUCAUUCUGGUUUUCGGACUUCUAAUGGAAUGUGUAGAGUUCAUUUUUUUUCUCCCCGUGAUCCAAAAAAUGGUAGUACCGAUACAGAAGUUCUUGCUGCAUAUCUCGCUAUUCAGUAUGCAUUAGAAAAACAUUACGAUACACUGAUUAUCUAUACUGAUAAUUCUAAAGUAGAACAACUUCUUAAACGUCCUAGAGAGAAAGACACUAUUAAUUAUUCUAAUUUUUUUCAAAUUCUUAAUCAAUAUCAAAAUCAAAAAGGUAAUAAUUCUAUUCAAGUAGUACGUGUUCGUGGACAUACAUCAAAAUCUGAGCAAAAAAAAUGUAGAAUAAAAUAUGAAUUUGCGAAAAUUGAUCAAAUUGUGAGAAAAAGAACGCGUCAAUAUAUAAAAAGAUGGUGGAUUAGUUUUAAACAAACCUAUUAUUAUUACUACUAUUGGAAUCAACCGGUACAUUAUUCAUAUUGUAUAUAUAGAGUUUUUGGAUAUUACAUUGAAGGUAUUCAUUUACGAAAUGGUGUCACAUUGUAAACUUGAUCAAACAAAACAUUGUGAAACUUACCAUCUAAUUAACUAAAAAUAAUAUUGAUUUUUUUCUUGUUUUCAAAAAUUAGAACCGUGUAGAUGUAUCAUAUUCUAUAAGAAUUAAAUUUAUUUUUACACAAUUAAACAUCUUGUAUUCAUUUCUAGUGUUUAAAAAGAAGUUAUUUAUUCCUCGAGUAGAAAUGUCUACAUCAUCAACUAAUUAUACAUAAGUAUUAGAUAUCAAUGAUAUCAAUACGUACAGUUUAAGUUACUCUUCCACAAUAAAUUAUCAUUUUUUAUUUAUUACAAAACCCUUUAAUUUACAGAUGUUUCGAAAGUAUCAGCUUUCUUCUUCAGUGUUUUACAAUAGAAUACAAUAAAGUACAAUAAAACAAAACACCUAUAUAACACAACAAAAUUGAUAAGCGCAUAGCUUUCUAUACAUACAUUUGAUCUUUUUAUUAUUAUUAUUAUACUGGUACGGAAGAAGAAACAAGACGGUAAUACCGGAUGAGAUGGAUUAGAGUUCAUCUUCUUCCGUACCAGUAUUAUAAUAAUAAAAAAAAAGAUAAAAUGUAUGUAUAGAAAGCUAUGCGCUUAUCAAUUUUGUUGUGCUAUAUAGGUGUUUUGUUUUAUUAUCCGUUAUUGUAUUCUAUUGUAAAACACUGAAGUAGAAAGCUGAUACUUUCGAAAUGUUUGUAAAUUAAAUGGUUUUGUAAUAAAAAAAAUAUAAUUUAUUGUGGAAGAGUAACUUAAACUAUACGUAUUGCAAUGUCCUUCCAGUUAAACACAAAACAAUCAAUGAUACCAACUACUAAACAUAAAAACACAGAAUUGUUUAUGUUUGAAUCAAAGACAGAAACAAAUUGAUGACUAUUUACUCCGGGUGGAACGAGUUUAGAUUAACUCAUCAAAGUUUCUUUGUGAGAAAAUUUCAGAUUGCUAAUAUCCAAACAGAAAUCAUAUGUCUAGUUGGAAGUGUGGGUGUAGGUGUGAGUGUGCGCAAAGGAAACAUUACCACCCAUACUCACACGCUGAAUACUGUAUCUAACAAGACUAACUUAACUUGAGAGUAAUAUUGCUGUAUACAGUUAUUAUCAAAAUAUCUUACGAUGUCGACACCAAUUUUAAUGAUAAGAAACUAAGAAUAGUAUUCCUGAUCCUUAUUACUCUAGACAUCAUCGAAUCCAUUAAAAAUUGCUACUAAACGACUUAGAAUAAAAUUCUGCAUUGAAUAAUACAUAACUUUUAACCAUCUAGGAAAUAGAUACAUUUGUUGUCUUAUCUGCUCUUGUCUCUCACUUCUUUGUCCCAAAUAUGAGAGAGAUAAAGUGAAAAUACUAUGAUAUCAACAAUGAUUUUCUCCCAUUUCUGUAUCUUCAUCUCAGUCCUGCUUUUUUUGUCAUGGAAUCUACAAAAUUUUUUACUCGAAUAAUUAGAAAAUUAUUCUUAACCUUUGGUAAGUAACUUGUAUUUAGCCAUAACUUCUAUGAACUUCAUUUAAAUUGAGCUAAUCACAAUCAGAAAUGAAAAACGUAGUGAAUAAAUCAUUUAAUGAACAACUAACUUUUAUAAAUUGACUGUUUACAAUUAAAAUAUCAUACAUUGUAUUAUUCCUAAACUUGAUGCAAUUGACAAUAUUAAAAUGACAUUCUGUUUUCCGAAAAAACAAACUGAAUUUAUUUUAAUUGGUAUAAAUAAAUCUUUUCUACUUUUCUCAUCAAGUAAAAGAAUGUAUGCGCUUUGUAAUUUUAUUUCAUUAAGAAAGUGUAUCACUAUUAUGAGUAAUAAAUACUUCAGCAUCCUUAAUAAACUUGACAAAGUUUUAAAUGAAAAUUUUUCUCUAUUAAAAAAAUUCUCAAGAAUCAACAUAACAAUAUGCGCAA